GCGGCGCUGACGCCUGUUGUUGGGGACGCCUUCCUCGGCGGGGGAUGGGUGUGAGUUUGGCGGUUUGCAGACUAAGGCGGUUAGAGGGUCGAGGAACCGCCUUCGUGCCACGCAAAAGGGCUGAGGCCGGAGGACUUCAAGCAGCUACAAUGAAGCUGAAUCAGAACACAGUUCUGCUGGGCAAGAAGGUGGUCCUGGUACCCUACACUUCCGAGCAUGUGCCUAGGUACCAUGAGUGGAUGAAGUCGGAGGAACUGCGGCAUCUGACAGCCUCAGAGCCCCUGACCCUAGAGCAGGAAUAUGCGAUGCAGUGCAGCUGGCGUGAAGAUGAAGACAAGUGUACCUUCAUUGUGCUGGAUGCAGAGAAGUGGCAGGCCCAGCCCCGCCCCCCCGAAGAGAGCUGCAUGGUGGGAGAUGUGAACCUCUUCCUCACAGAUCUAGAGGACCCCACCUUGGGGGAGAUUGAGGUCAUGAUUGCAGAGCCCAGCUGCAGAGGUCAGGGCCUUGGUUCCGAGGCUUCUCUCCUGAUGAUGGCUUAUGGAGUGACAAAGCUAGGUCUGACCAAGUUUGAGGCCAAAAUCGGGCAAGAAAAUGAACCCAGCAUCCGGAUGUUCCAGAAACUUCACUUUAAGCAGGUGGCUGUGAGCAACGUCUUCCAGGAGGUGACACUCAGGCUGGCAGUGAGUGAGCCAGAGCGGCAGUGGAUUCUGGAGCGGACAAGCCACAUGGAAGAGCAACCCUAUAGAGGUGGGAUGACAGAGCCUGUGACAGCUACCCAGUGUGAGCAGGAGAGUUGGAACCACCCACUCCCAAGGCCAGACAGUUGCAUGGGAGAUAAAUGUACAGUACCUUCAGUCUGCGCCAGGCCCUCGUGAGCCUGAGCCUGCCUUGGCCUCCCCUGGCUGCCAGUGGCCAAGAAGACUCCUUCCUACUCCCAACCAUAAGCUGACCCUAACUGUGCUUGAAUGGAUGGCUGUAGUCCAUCGAAGUCAAGGUGGAGGUGGGAACCGGAAGCCGGAAGUGUGUGGAGAACCAGCCUUUCCCUAGGGUCCUGGCUGAGUAAAACAUUUGUUUAGGCAGCUUCCCUUGUUCCUUCAUCCGUUCUCCUCAUGGAGAAGGCUGAGGCAGGGUGCUCAAUCCUGUUGUCAGCAGACCAGAGUGACCAAGUGGGCUUGAACCUGGAAACACAGGCAACCUAGUGAAGGAGUGGGCUGGCCCCUCAGCCUAGUGUCCUUGGUCCUAUUCUGUUCUUAGAGCCAGACAGGUCCGAGGGAAGAAGAAUGACUUCUGCAUACAGCUCCUUGU